AUGGAAAACGUGCCCAUCUACAGGUGCUGCUUUGGAAAGCAGCAGACCGCCCUGAUCCACCGGCUGUGGAUAUCACCGCGUUUGGAUGGAGUAAGAAGACAGGCAAAUUCGCCGGCAUCUGUUCCCAAAGUCAUCAUCUUGGUGGGAUUGCUACAAGUUGUGACUUGCGUCGUAGUUGUAUUACAUCUAACGGGACACAUUCAGACACAUGGGGCUGACAAAAGCCCUGCCCAAGCGGAGUCUUUUGUAGAGCUCCAUCAAAAGCAGCAACUCAGAUCUCUCAAGAGAUCUAGAAAUAGGACCCCAGUAGCUCAUCUACCGAUAAAUCCAUCAAGCACACACACACAGAGAGAGGUGCGGGCCACCUUGAUCUACUGGAACGCUGAACAGGGAUUCCUCUUCCAGUUCAGAUACCAUGACGGGCGGAUCCUGGUUCAAAAACCAGGCCUGUACUACGUCUACACCAAAACCUGUUUCCGUUACUACGACGAGCUGGAGCCAGGCCUCACGUCCCACCUGCGGGGAUAUCCCUCGGACCGUCGUCUGGCGGCCACUUCCAGCCCUGUCCAGCUGAUCCAGUAUGUCUUCCAUGAGCGGCCCAGUCAUGGCGCCCCCGUCAGGCCAACGGUGAUCAUGAAAAGUGGGAGUACACAGCACUGGAGGGUCGGGGGUUACCACAUGUACUGCCAGCAGCAGGGCCGCACUGUCGCACUGAGGACUGGAGAUGGCCUGUUUGUCCGGGUGUCCAACUCCUGGAUGCUCGAUCCUGAGGCAGAGGGGAGUUACUUUGGGGUCUUUAGGGUAAGCCAUUGA